AUGGAGAGCUUUGCAUCGUCGUCGUCGCCGAGCACGCCAGGAGCCGGUCAGGGGUGCUGUCCAUCUGCAAUCAAUUCGUCUUCCUGUGCCACUGCCACCGCCCAGUCUACUAUACAAAGCAUCAACGUGGUGCAAAAGACCCAUUCCUUCUUCAAUUCCUUAAAGAAUCGGUGGUUUCCUACUGAGGAGAAAUGGGCCAAAGGGAGAAAUAAAGCACGGGGCUCUGACACUGACGAGUCACCCUCUGAAUCUCCUAUACUUGCAAGACUAGUCCGUCCAGACACUUUACAACAAACUAAGUCUACAGACUCAAAAAAUACUCAAAAUUCAAUUACUAGUGAAUUUGGAUUGACCCAGAAUUGGUUCCAGAAAGUUGUUUCACGCGAUCAUCCAAUUCGACUUCGGAGACAAAAUUCAAUAAGAUCUGAACAACAAAUAGAGUUGGCUACACCAGAAGGUCAAAAUCCAAUUCAUAAUGAUGCUUUGCUCAGAAAAUACGACUUUUUUCAACUCAAAAUACAUUUGAAAAAAGGAAAAGAUCUCAUUGCUCGGGAUAAAAACGGUCUCAGUGAUCCAUAUGUGAAGUUUAAGAUAGGUGGAAGACAGAUUCACAAAUCGAAAACUGUGUAUAAAAGUCUGAAUCCAACUUGGGACGAAACGUUUACACACCUACUAGAUGAUCCCUUUGAACCAAUUCAAAUAAAGGUUUUUGAUUACGAUUGGGGACUUCAAGAUGACUUUAUGGGAGCGGCGCAAAUCGCUUUGACGACCUUAGAAUUGGGCAAACAGCACGAGAUAUGUUUGCAAUUACGAGAUACACAAAAUGCUGAAUACCUUGGUGAGAUUUAUCUAGAUGUAACUUUAACACCUCAAUCCCGAGAAGAACGUGAACAGAGUCUUCAAAAGACUGGAAGAGUAACGGAAAUAGGUAGAAAGUACAAAUGUCAAGUUUGGAGUUCAGUAGUGACUAUUGUUUUGAUUAAAAUAAAAAACUGUACAAUACCUGAAGGUUUGUGUGACCCAUAUGUCCGUUUCAGAUUGGGAGGAGAAAAAUUCAAGAGCAAAGGUAGUAAUCGAAUUCCAACGCCUACUUGGCUGGAACAAUUCGAUUUACAUUUGUUUGACGAUCAGACUCAAGAACUAGAAAUAAACGUGUGCGCAAAAGAACGUUCACGCGAAGAAAUAGUAGCAAGCACCGUCGUGGACCUGAGUAAAUUGGAACGGGAAAAAACGCACAAAAUCAAAUACAAACUCAACGUCGGCGGAGAUGAUUGCGGCGGCGGCGGCGAUCAUCAUCAGCAUCGCGAUGCUUCCGGCGCAGGUGUCGGUGGCGUACUGUACCUGUUGCUGACCAUCAGCGGCACAUCGACGAUCGCCAUGGUGUCGGACCUGUCCAACUACGAACGCGAGAUCACGGAACAGGAACACGUCCGGCAGAAGUACUCGGUCGGCCGGACGUUUUGCGACCUGCUCGACGUCGGCGUGCUCACGGUCCGCGUGUACAAGGCCCACGGGCUGACGUCCGCCGACCUGUGCGGCAAGUCCGACCCAUUUUGCGUGCUCGAGCUGGUCAACGCCCGGCUGCAGACGCACACGGAAUACAAAACGCUGGCGCCCACGUGGGACAAGAUAUUCACUUUCAACGUUAAAGAUAUCAACUCUGUUCUCGAAGUGACAGUUUUUGAUGAAGAUCCUGAUUACAAAGUUGAGUUCCUGGGAAAAUUAGCUAUACCGUUGCUUUCUAUUAACAAUGGUGUCCAAAAAUGGUAUUCUCUCAAGGAUAAAAAGUUAUCAGGACGGGCUAAAGGAAACGACCCGAAAAUCUUAUUGGAAAUGCGGCUCAUCUGGAACCCGAUACGAGCGUUUAUCAGGACAUUAAAUCCAAAAGAGGAAAAAUAUAUGCAGCAAGAAAUCAAGUUCAAAAGACAGACACUCAUCAGAAAUGUAAUGAGGCUCAAACAGCUCGUCUUGUGGGCUAUCGAUAUUGGAAAAUAUUUUGAGUACUGGGUGGAAUGGGAGUCGCCGAUUCACACUAUUCUCGUAUUAAUCGGGUUCGUGUUGGCUUGUCAGUUCUUCGAACCGUAUAUGGCACCUAUUGCUUUAUUACUGGUCUUCCUAAGAUACUAUGUAGCACAUUCGUGGGGUGCGUCUAAAUUAAUCGACGAAGACGACGAACAACAAACCGAUGAAGAUGACCAACAAGACGAUCAACAGGAAGAUCAAGAUGACGACAAAGCAAAGGAAGAAAAAAAAUCUCUGAAAGAGCGAGUGGCCGCUGUACAAGAAGUCACGCAAUUAGUUCAGAACACAAUCGGAGACAUAGCUUCGUUUGGUGAAAAAAUUAAAAACCUUUUAAACUUUUCCGUACCAUUCUUAUCGUACUUGGCCAUCGUGUUGCUGAUUGCGGUUACAACAGUGUUGUAUUAUAUUCCCAUAAGAUAUCUGAUUAUGGGUUGGGGCAUCAAUAAGUUUACUAGGAAAAUACUUCGGCCUCAUACAAUUCCAAACAACGAACUUCUGGAUUUACUUUCUAGGGUUCCCGACAACGAGGAGAAGAUAUAUUACAAAGAACUAACAACUAUCGAUAGUGUGGACGGUGUGGAUAAAUCAAACAAAGAUUCAAGAAGAAAACAGAAGCUGUGA